GUGCGCAGUACAUCAACGUAUUCCUGGCUACCCAUCGCCCUUUCCUGUCUCCAUCGGCACUCCUCGACAUGCUACUCAGCCGAGAGGCACAUUUCAAGAACAUUGACACCCCGGACGGCCGCAAGUCCCGCCAACAAACCCUGUUCCUUAUUCUCCGCAUUGUACCGCUGUUGAGAAUGAAGCGUUACCAGCUGGACGGCACCGAGAUACCCAGUGAACUGGAGAGCAACGUGCUCAACAAGCUACAGAAAACUGUCUACAACCUCAUCUGCUUUGGACAACUCCAACUGGCGCUCAUGCUGCGGAACUCGCUGAUUAAAAAGGUACUCACACCCAUCCGGAAAGAUGCCUUGGAUCUGGUACUGGUCCAGACAAAAGGCAUGAAGCCACCGGAUGGAUCUCUGCGGAGUGCUCUCAUGAAGUUUUCCGCUAAGCAAGUGGCCAUGCAGAUUACGCUGAUUGACGACAUUUUCGUCCAAGGAAUAGAUAAACAAGAAAUGCUGCUUUACUCGCGCAAGCAGGAGAGCAAAGACGUUCCAACGUGGGACUCCUACACUCAACAUACCAACCGUGUACCCGCGUGGCUUGUGACGCGGAUAUUCGAGUCACCAAAGCAGCGUGAUCGCGACAAGUACUUCAAAUUCCUCCUCAAGAUUCUGAACGCGUUGAUGAAGCUUGGCAAUGUGUCCACGGCCAUGCAAACAUACUGUAUGAUGAAGAACAGAUGUGUGGAGCGCCUAUGGUGGGGCUUUUCAUAUGAUGAGUUGAUGGAGAAGAACACUCUUAGCAAGCUGAUCGACACCAGCAGAAGUUUUCAGAACUACCGCAACCACAUCAAAGAAGCCAUGAAGGAAAAAAAACCCGUCAUGUUGUUCCUAACGCGUAUGAUGGGUGACCUGACACUGACCAACCAAAACGAAAAGUACUUGCACACGGGAAACCCAGCUGAGGACGGCAAGUACUUGAACUAUUGCAAGCAGCUUCGGCAGUUCAGUAUCUUGUCUCAGUUCCAGAAAUCGCGACUCCUGGACUACACAUCGAAAUAUGGGGACAAGAAGAACCUGGAGAUCUGGAGUAUAUUCGACGGCUUCAGAGACGUCAUGAACAUGGAUGAGAUGUACGAUUCUUCGAAAAAGCUUGCUCCCACUGGUCGUCCGACUUAAUCGAACGCCUGGAGAGUGUGUGGUUGCGCGCUAGUGACGACCUGUCCGUGGGUGUUUGCCCUCGCUUUGCCAGCCAGCCUUUGUCCCGCUGCUACUAGGUCGCGUCUGUGUGUGAUGCAGACGCGAUGUGCGAACAUGGCAGCUGUCAACGGGGUCUUUGGCGGAGGUGGUGUUGUGCCCUCCGAUCAUCUGCCAAUGCUUCUUGUAGCAACACUGCACCUGCUGAUCUCGUAGCAACACUGCACCUGCACCUGCUGAUCGACUUGCUGUAGGGGUGACAGUACUGCUGCUACUCACUGACUAUCACUCGUGUUUGGCUGAGCACACUGCUCCGAUGUUGUGCACCGUGCAGUGUGGUGAUGAUGAUGAUGGUGAUCUAUCUGUUCUCUGUUUUCUGUCAAUGUAAUGAUGUCGUCCGUUGAGUUUGUCUUACGGUGGUGAUGCUUGGUGCGAAAGUCAUCGUCAUCGGGACGUGCUUUGACGUACAAAGCUGUCUUUUCGUCAAUUUAAUGUCGUCAGUGGUGUUUGUCUUACGCCGUGGUGGUGCUUGGUAUGUACGAGCUGCGUCGUCGUACACACCUUGGUCAAUAGCUGCCCGGGGUGAUUGCCAAGAUUGUAGUCAGGUGACAGCUACCGUACUGCUACCUGGUUCACCUCUGCACCACGUCCUGAUGUCAUGCUACAAUGUCAUUCCAUAUUGCAAUGAUGAUGUCAUAAUGAUGUCAUGAUGAUGUCAUUCUGCAGGAUCAGUUGGCAGUGGUAGUGAAUCGCUUCUGACAGGACUGCAACCCUAAGUAACAAAGACUGAUUCCAACCAUUGCGCGGACAUGGAGCGGCAUAGCAGUUUCGCUGGCAGUGUUCUGUACUUACCACCGUGCCAGUGAACGUUUCAAUGUACCAGUACUGCACUCUUAUUGAUCAGUCCUCGUUUACCGUGCCUCUCGUCGUAAGUUGUUGGAAGGAACAGGCCGUAAUGAGAUAUCUUGCUGUAACUGCAUCUUGAGCAUGCGGGCCCAUUUUUACUUGAUAGUUGCUAUGCAUUGCUGUUCUGCUGUACCCGUGGUGACCAACCGCCAGCCAAGUGUCUCUCCCUUGAGUUGACAUCAAUUGAUGGAAAGCCGGACAAGUGCCAUCUUGUGUUGUCAUUGUGGUUGAUAAUUCCGGUCCAGGUAAAGCUGUAUUCUGAUGUUUCUUGGCUGCGUGGCGGUUGCAUACAAUUUCGGAGCCCUGAAUGCUUUUGUCUAAGAGAUAUUGACCAAGACACCGUUUGUCUUGGUUUCAUUGUCUGGCCCUUACAUGUACUAUCGCACACAGGUGGGCUAUUUCAGUGUCUGGCCCGCAUUAUGUACUAUCGCUGACUCUAUUCCGGAUACUGCUCUGCAGUGUGCGGUUUGCCCUCAGACCGUGCACAUCACGGUCCACCGUUUUCUGCACCUGUCUGUGCUCACUGGUCAUGCCCUGUGCCGGCCGCCUGUGCCUCGCUGACUUGCCUGCAAGUGCAUGUGCUGAGAGAUCAGGGUCCUGGCCAUACUGUCAUCUGCUGUGUAGCCGUGGGCACGGUGCCGAAACGUUGUCACUUCAGUUGACGUCUCCAGCUCUGUGGUGCUGCACAUUAGCGCACUGCAUGCCACUGGUAGCCUCGUAGUGACGAUUCUUGCUCUGCGACACUGACAGUUGCAAACUUGCUCUGCAUGGCCACAACCUUUGCGCCGACUCCUGACCGGCCCAGUCAGCGGCUGGUGAAGUCACUCUGGACAUGUCAACUUUGCAAGUAUUCAGGCCGCCGCCAAGAGCCAAUUCCAAUCAUAUCUGAUGAUACUGGAUUUUGCUGUACAACUCUCUCACAAUGUUGUACCUGAGCCGAGCAGCCGCAACGCUUACGGUACUUCAAAGUACGCUGAUGAUGAUGUUGGCCAGAUCACGUUAUAUAUGAAUCGUCCACUUUCCAUUUUAUUUGCAAUUUAUCAAGUUUUUCUUUUCUUUUUUCGAAGCGAAUAUUUCUCCUUUGGUGUUGUCCCGUUUGUGUCCUUCAGAAAUCCACCUCAAAGGCUAUACUGCAUGGCUGUGAGCAGCUGACGUCAAAUUGCAAAAUUUUAACAAUUCUAUAAUUUUAUCCCCCUCCCCCUACCCCGCUUUUAUGGCACCACCUGACAUAUGGGCUGAUUUGUGUUAAUUAAAAUUAAUUAAAACAACGAUGUGUCGCUGG